CAGCCCCGGAACACACCGCAGAGUAACAUCACUGUUGACAACUGUGGCUUGUUGUCAAACUUCUCCAGUUCCCACAACAAUGAGUUCACCAAAAUUGCUCUGCUCGGGCUGUGUAGUGUUGUCUAUUGGCUGUCUUCACUGCUAGUUUACUUUCUCCAGCAGGUCCGCUAGCUGUUGCUGUAACACGAUUUGACUGAAAUCAUCAUCUGUUGUUAAGCGGUUAGCUUGUUAGCUUAGCGUUAGCAGGGCUUAGCUAACGAGGCUGCAGCAGCAUGGGCGAUGGAAGUGUCACUCCGAGGAUCGGCAACAUGAGAGCGUUGCUCGGGUUAGUUGCCGGAGCUGGAGCUUCCUAUGGGAUUUACAAACUUAUCAGCGAGGUAAGCAUCAAGAGGAACAAGAAAAGUGUCCCCAGUGACAGUCCCGGUGUGUGGAGCAGUUCCCCCGGUGACCUGACCCCGAAGCCGGGCAGCCUGCUGGCCAAAGUGUCCGGACUGGACGUCGUCUGCCCCCGACCUGCGGAUGUAGCAUCAGGUGACAUCAUCCACCAGUCACCUGACAACCUGGACCCGCAGCACUUGAAGAUGCUGCUGUCGUGUCUGCAGACCAACACCAAGCCAUCGGACAGAUGUCGGAUCCUCGUAACUUUAGGAAAUGCUGCUGCCUUCACUGUGAAUCAGAAUCUCAUCCGAGAGUAUGAAGGGAUUCACAUCAUAGCUGGCUUCCUCUCUGACUCUGCUGCAGAGGUUAGAGUGCAGACUCUGAAUGCUUUAAAUAAUCUGUGUAUGAACAUCCAGAACCAGGAACAAAUAAAGGUUUAUGUGCCACAAGUGCUGGAGCUGAUUGAGAUGUCCCCGGUGAAUUCUGACCUUCAGCUCGGAGCUCUCAGGCUGAUGACGAACCUUUCAGUCACAGAAAAACAUCAACAUCUGCUGAAGGAUUCCAUCACACUUUUACUGUCUCUUCUUGUUGUUAGCAACGAGGCAUUACAGAUUCAGGCGUUAAAAGUUCUUGUGAAUCUGUCCUCUAAUCCAGACAUGAUGGAUGACAUCGUACAAGCUCAGGCACCAGCCUCUGUCGUGCUGCUGUUCGAUGCUCGGACAGCCUUUGCCGUGCUCCUGCGACUUCUGACGUUUGCAGGAAACUUAAAAGCCUGGAGGCCCUCCGCCCAGGUGGCCAAUGAACUGAGGCGGAAGCAGGAUUGCCUCUUCAGGGUCAUGUUAGACGAGUCCUCCCAGCUCCACAGCAGACUGGUCCAGCUGCUCUCGCACCCCGACGGGGAGAUCCAAGCCCAGGUGGCUCGCGUCCUGACGUAAACCUCCUACUGGAAAACAAUGCACAGCUUUAGUUUUCUCACAUUAACCCUGCCAAAGCCACCGACCUGUCACUUUCCUCGUCCGUUUAGAUCUGUUGACAUCAUUGUCGAUGCUGAGUUUACACUCCCACACUCUCCAAGCGUUAUCGAGAUCAAGUUGCCACUCAGAACUAAUUUAUUUAUUCUCACACCCUGAUUUCCAGUUUCUUACACUACGAUUACACGACAACUGAUGAGAAAUAGUUUUGCGGUCGUGCAGGGAGAAUCCAUCGAGGGUAUGAAACGGGCGGCCUCUUCAUGUUUUCUUCCUGCCAGAAAGAAAACGUUUUCUUUUCAUUUGCCCAAGACUAUUCUCCUUUAAAAAGCUCCACAGUGCCCUUCCUUUUGUGACAACUUGACCUGCUUUUCUGAAGAUCUAUUCCAGGUGAAAUUUCUUAAAAACCAAACCCACUGCCAAACAUUUUCAAGAGACUGUUGUCUGAUUGACCCGUGUGGCAUGAGAGGUGAAGAGAUUUGUGCUGCACACCUCAGCAUGCCUUUGAAGACCCGAAUGAAUGGAUGUACUGCAAGCUCCAGUCCUCACUUAACGAUCGUCAGCCAUGUUGGAUUUAAAGAUCAUGCUCUUGUUAGCAGUAGCAUAAGAAGAUAUUUUAUACAUUUAGCUAAUGUGAGAACCAGCGUCAUAACUUAAAAACUGUCAAAGUGAUGUUACAAAUACAGGAUAGCCGGCUCCACAGACCUGGAAGGAAGUGAGAAGUAGCAGGAGGACCUUGUAGUUAAAACACUGCAUCCCCCAUACUGAGAAGACCCAGGUGAGGUGGAAAGGAUACAACCUGGGAUAUCUUCAAAAGGUGCCCUAAUCCCGGCAGUUAAACCCCUCAAUGCUUGAGAUGUUUUUUUUUUCUCUCAGUUGUAAAUCUUCCAGAAAGCGGCUGAAGACGCUGCAGGAGAAAAAGGAUUUUCAUCCUGCUGUGACCGUGAGGACUGCUCCAUGUACUGUGAAGAUAUUCAGCUUGAUCUUAAAAGAUGGUGAUGCAUAAAGUGGACAUGUGACACCAGUGAUUGAAUGUUAAAUGAAAAGCCUUAUUGUGAAAAGUUCUGCCCUGACUGAAACAAGAUGUCGUCUAUCUGAAGGGACUGGAGCUGUGCACUCAUCUGCUCGUUAUAAACUCAGAGAGGACGGUGCAUGUAGGUGCAAACCUCUUGUUUGCAUGGAAAAUGUGAUUAAUAACUCAAAGAGUACGAGUUUGAAUGCAAAGAUUUUAUAGCAUGAGGCAGUCCAGGUCAGAAAGAAUGCUGCACAUUUUUUAUGUUUGGACACUGAAUUUAUUAAAGCAAAAUCCCAAAAUGUCUCUCAGGCAACAUGGUUUACCAGAUCACACACAGCAGGAGGCUGAUUUACAUGUGAUCUAGAUUAUUUUAUUUAUUUAAUGAAGUCAGCGUUUUGC